GCCCAAUGGAGUACCGUGGCUAAAUUUUUGGCUAUUGGAGCUCUAAAGAGAGCAAAAAGUCUUUUCUGCAGAAAACAACCCACUCUGCUUUUGGCGUGAAGAAGAAGAUGGAAGGUAGCAGUGGGAAAGGCUACGCCUGGGCAAUCUCAGCUGGUUUCAAUGCUGCAUGCGCUGCCAUUUCAGCUAAACUCUUGUUCCCUCUGGUAAUUAGAUACGGACUAGUCGUAAUUUUCAACGUCAUGAUGUGGGGAUGUUAUGUUAACAGCUUGAAAGCUCUUUCGUCUCUUCAAGCAACCGUUACGAAUUUCGCUACUAAUUUCCUCACUUCUGGCCUUGCCGGUUUCUUCUUGUUUGACGAACUAUUAGCGAUUAAGUGGUUUGCAGGUGCCAUGUUCAUUGUCAUCGGUGUAGUUAUCCUCAGCAAGUCUAGCGUAGAGAAGAUGGAAAAGACUGAUUAAAAUUUUUACAUUAAUGGUGCUGCAUUUCAACUGUUACAACUUCCGGGUUCUUUUGGAAUGGAAGAUCAUUCGAGAAAAUUGUUUUAAAGAAUCUCUCAUUCAGUCAUCAACCAUCAAAUUGUUGGUGCUAUGAGUUAACUUUCUCGGCUAUAUGUUUUUUGACGACUAAAGAGAUGUUUUUCAGUUUCAACACUGAAGUUAAUCGGUCGGAUUCACAGUUUUCACCAUCUUCAUUUGUAUUUGUCUGGAUAUAUAACAGUCAGUUAGAGACAUGUGAACAAAGUUGAAAGAUCUGUGAUAAUCACAGAUUUGGUUGCUUUUGUUUCCGUUGCAGCAUGCCUCAAGUUUAUUUUUCUUGAUGAACUACCAUUUUCAAUUGCAGCAAAAAUGGGACUUAGUAUUGGUCUCCGUUCCACUAUGAGGAGAUCUAAGGAUUUGAGAUGUCAUACAAAGUUUCUUCCAUGUAUUGUUCGAUGCGGAUCUUAAUUCAUAAGAUUCGAACUCGAGAUUUAUCGACUGUAUGGACAGUGUCCUUUCAGUCUUCAAUAAUAGUAUUCUUUCUCAGUAGGUGAGAGGGAUAACCAUGCAUCGCCAGUUACAGAUGCACAAGUUUUCCCCAA